AGGAGGGAGGAGUGGGAGAGAGGAGGAGAGAGGGGAAAGUGAGCUCACGUUCACACGUUGGAAGAGGCUGGUCCUGCGAUGCCUUUGAAUAUUUCACUUUUCGGCAGUUUCCCAUCAGUCAGCCGCCCGCAUCCAGGCUGAGCGGGAGCUGCUACAGCCAUGGGGAGACCCGAGCUGUAGGAGAUACCCGAAAUUCCAGCUCUGAGGGCGCAGCUGCUGGGCGCACACCUCGCCGCUCGCACUCACAUCCCCUCCCGGCUCCAGGCGCAACGCACGCAGCUCCCCAUGGAGAAAGUCCAGGGAGAAAUGGAGAUCGAGAGGUGGGAGCGAAGUGAGGAGAUCUCCGACGCGGAGAAGAAGGUUAUUCAGGAGACAUGGAGCAGAGUGUACGCCAACUGCGAGGACGUCGGAGUCUCCAUACUCAUCAGGUUUUUUGUCAACUUUCCAUCUGCCAAACAAUACUUCAGCCAGUUCAAGCACAUGGACGACACGCUGGAGAUGGAGAGGAGCUUGCAGCUGCGGAAGCACGCCCAGCGGGUCAUGGGUGCCAUCAACUCUGUGGUGGAGAACCUCAACGACCCAGAGAAGGUCUCCUCUGUUCUGGCCCUGGUGGGCAAAGCCCAUGCCCUCAAGCACAAAGUGGAGCCCAUCUACUUUAAGAAGCUCACUGGCGUCAUGCUGGAGGUGAUCGCCGAGGCGUACGGCAACGAUUUCACCCCAGAGGCGCAAGGCGCGUGGACCAAGAUGAGGACCCUCAUCUACACCCACGUGACAGCCGCGUACAAAGAGGCAGGCUGGGUGUCCUACCCCAGUGCCACGCUGUGA